AUGGCGUUGCAUCAGCCACUUCCUUCCCUCUAUCAACCCCCAUUGACUGUGCCGGAAAUUUUUCAGCAGGUCUUCCCUCGAGUGGAUUCACGGCCAAGUUCUAAUGGGGGUUCAAGCACGCCCGAGGCUGAUGGCGAACUGUUUGACUUGACGCCGGUCCAGCAGGAGAUCCUCUCGUCGCUGGGGCAGCAAUCUGGAUGGACGUCCUUCUCUUUCCAAGUCCCUGAGCAGAUGGCCUUUAGCAUUGACCGGCUCCGUAUGACCUGGCAAGCCGUGGCCGCUCAUCAUCCCAUCCUUCGCACGGUCAUUGUUUCCAGCGAGGAUGGAGGUUCCUGGCGGCAGAAAGUGGUCUAUCUCGUGUUGCCGAUGGGCCUUGGAAGCUGGGAGCCACUCGAAAAGACAGUGCCAUACUUGACUUUUUACGAAGCAAGCGCGAACCGACCGGUAUUGACUCUUCACUACCAUCGCGCUCUGAUUGACGUGAAGUCUAUCCUACUGCUCUGGCAUGACUUCGAACUCUUCUUCCACGGGUUUCCCUUUCCAGCCCGUAUCCCCUUCAGCAACUAUGCCAAAGCCAUUGGGACCCGUGACCGUAAUGAGGCCAUCAGCUUCUGGAAUGGGUACUUGGAUGGAUACCAUGGCAGGGGCUUAUUAGGCUCCUCGGAUCCGGACAGAAAAGUCAUCGAGACCAGAGUCUCGGGCGACGUGGGACUCCUCUCUGGGCUGGAGAACUUCGGACAGCAGCACCAGGUCAGUGUGAAGACCAUGCUUCGCGCUGGGUGGGCAGCGACGCUAUCCCGCCACCUCGAGACCCAGGAUGUCGCCUUUUACACCAAUCUCAGAGACUGCAGCUUCGACCAAACAGAGUACAUCGUCGGUCCAAUGGAUGUGGCCACUCCUCUUCGGGUUCGCCUGUCGGAGGAAGAGCUGACCCUGGAAGCUCUCCACAGAUUAGAGAGCGAAAAGAAGACAGCCUCUCGGUACUCAUUCCUCGGUAGCCGACCGAUCGAGGAGCACAGCGGCAGCACUACCGCCGUGCAAUCCACGUUCAUCGUGCUGGAAUCAGAUAUUCCCGUGGACUCUCUGCCGCAACUGGAUGUUUCCAUGAAAGUCACGUUGGACUUUGCCACCGCUCAGGUGUCCAUGAUGCACGACUCGAACUAUCCCUCGGCUCGAGCUAGGAUCAUCCUGCAGCACUUUUGGGAGGUAAUGCGACAGAUUAUCGCGAACCCCCACGGCCCGUUCAUGAGCUUGAGCCUGGCUUCAGAGGACGAGAGAGCCGUAUUGCUCAGCUUUCGAUCCUCACAUGAACAGGUCCCUCCCCAGCUGGUCCAUACCUUGAUUGAAAAGCAGGCUCGCAAUCAUGCCACCGAGCCAGCGCUGCAGUUUGAGCUCAGCGAGGCCCUUAGCUUCGCGGGAUUGAACGCUGCCGCCAAUCGCGUCUCUCAUCAGCUAGCGAGGUUGGUGGCUCCCGGAUCAAUCAUUCCCGUUCAUAUGGAUGUCUCGGUUAACUUUGUGAUUGCUUUACUUGCGAUUCUGAAAGCCGGAGGCGCAUAUGUGAUUCUGGAUCCCGCCCAGCCGCCAGCCCGCAAGGCGUAUAUCAUGGAAGAUGUGCAGGCACCGUGCUACCUUACACAAGGGGACCUCAUCAAUGAACUCCCAAAUACGAAAGCCUACCUGGUGGAAGAUCUCCUCCAGUCCUCGUCUAAUGAAUCCGACCUGUGUCUAGAUCUGGACCCCGAGCAACCCGCCUAUAUCAUCUACACCUCUGGCUCCACCGGCGUGCCCAAGGGUGUUAUUCUAAGCCACCGUGCUGCCUCCACCGGGAUUCAAUGUGCACCUGCCAUUGAAGACAACCGCAACUUACUCUUCUACAAUCCCGUCUUUUCUGCUGCACAGAGGACCAUUCUUUCCACACUGGCGAAUGGCGGCUGUCUUUGUCUCGCGGGCCGGUCAAAAUUGCAACUCUCCCUGGCAAAUCUCGUCAAUGGAAUGAUGGUCAACACGCUCGGUAUCACGUCGUCGACUAUCUCUCUGCUGGACCCCGAACAGGUGCCAACCUUGCAGAGAGUCAACCUCACCGGCGAACUGGCCGACCCCGCGAUCGUCGCUCGCUGGGCUAGUCAUGUGGAGCUGAAAAACAACUAUGGGCUCAGCGAAUGUACCCAGCUAAACUGGGGCAGACAAAUGGGCCCAACAGAUCAGCUGUCCAGUCGCAAUGUAGGCCGUCCAUCUGAUACCACGUCUGCCUACAUCUUGGACCCGGACACGCGGCAGCUCACCCCGUUCUUGAUUCCCGGUGAAUUGUGUCUCGAAGGGCCGCAGAUCGCCAGUGGCUAUAUCAACAAGAAGGCACUGACCGAGAAGGCUUUUGUCGAUAGCCCAUUUACGAAGGGAUACCAGCUCUACCGGACAGGUGACAUGGCGGUCCGAUUGGAAGAUGGCACGAUUGAGAUCAUCGGUCGUAUUGACUUCCAGACUAAAAUCCACGGCCAGCGGGUCGAGCCGGGCGAGAUUUCAGCCCUGCUGAGUAGGGAGAAGGCUGUGCGUGCCGCGGUGGUUAUCGCUGCUACGAUCGAGGGAGAGAAGGCACUUGUCGCCUGUAUCUCGCCGGAAAAUGCAUCACCGUGGGCUCAGCUGGUCCACAACCUCCGGCAGGCGACAUUGAGCAGGCUUCCUUCCUAUAUGACACCUGCCUACUGGUUACCUUUUGACACACUGCCUCUGAACAGCAACGGGAAGACCGACGUGCUUCUCCUGCGGAAACAGAUCGAGGCGAUGCAACGGCGUGAUCUCAUCGGCGCCUCACUGGUUACCGACCAAGCAGGGAGGCCGCUCUCCGAGGUAGAAACGGUCCUCCAGACGGUCUGGGCCAAGGUCCUUCGUCUUCCUGUGGAUGUGAUCACAGUCAACCAGUCUUUCCUUGACCUCGGGGGAGAUUCGCUCAAGGCGCUGCUUGUCGUGUCCGAGUUAUUGCCGUUUAAUUAUGUCGCCGAACUGGGAGACCUUCUUCGAGCGGAUUCCCUGGCCACUGCAGCCGCCUCUCUCAAGUACGAGGUAAUAGCGCAAACUGAUCUAGAGCCGCCAGCCCCGUACAGCCUCAUCAAGGGCAGACCAGACGUUGACCCAACAAUAUACGAGGACGCAUAUCACGCUACCCCCUUCCAGGAGGGGAUUAUUUCCGCGCACCGAAGUAACGGCGGAUACGUGUAUCACCGAGUCUUCAACAUUAAGGGAUACGAGAUACCCAGGCUGCAACAGUCUUUCCAAAAAGCCAUCAACGCGAACCCCAUCUAUAGAACGAGCUUCCUCGAGAACGGCGCAACCUUCCUGCAGACCGUGAACCGGCAAUUCCAGCUCCCCUGGCAGAUGAUAUGCGACAUCUCGAUCGAAGACUACGUAUCGCACAAUACAUCCCAGGAUAUGGAUCUCGGGCAGCCUCCGAUCCGAGCCGCCAUUGUCAACAGCGAGAUCCUCAUCGUCACCAUGCACCACGCCCUCUUUGACUUCUGGUCCUCCAAAUUCCUCUUCCAAGAUGCAGCAGCUGUCUACCACAAUCAGUCUGUAGCGGUCCGACCCCCCUUCAACAUCUUCGUCCGUCAUUCCCAGCGAUUGGAUGAGAACGUUGCCGCAGACUUCUGGUCCGGGUACCUUCAGAACGCUGCUGCAACGCUGCUCACAACGGAAACUGCGCCGUUCAAUGCUCUCAAGCGAACCAUCCAGUAUGACCUUCGCACGUUUACCGCCUCUGCAGGUGUCACGACCGGUGCGCUUAUGUACGCUGCUUGGUCAAUUAUUCUCUGGAAGCACACGGGAAGCGCCGACAUUACCUUUGCCAUCACGCUGUCGGGGCGCGAUGCUCCGAUCCCGGGGAUCCAGGAUCUGAAUGGACCGACCAUGACCACUGUCCCUAUUCGGGUUCGCCUGGAGCCCACUAUGGGCCUUGGAGACGUCGUGACGUUAGUGCAGAACGAGUUGUGGAAAGUAGCUAAAUUCUCGCAGAUUGGACUCAGACGAGCACUGACAGCAGCGGCCCAAAGUUCGAGUCUCUUUGAUUCCAUGGUUAACUUCCUCGUGAAGACCGAUGCAAGCCCCGGCGCCACGGAAUUGGAGCCAUACGGCGAACGACCCAUCUGGGAUACUGGGUUCAACAGCCUUGAGGUAGAGGAGAAGGCCGAUGGGGAGUUUGAACUGCGGCUGUCCGGGUAUCUGGAGCCUGUUCGAACGGGCUUUAUCAUUGAGGAAGUGGCGCAGUUGCUGCGGACGAUGGUGGACAACAGGCAGACCCAGUUGGGGGAGGUGGAUUUGAUUACACCCUCAGAGGCGCUAUAUCUUCAGCACAUGUCGAUGCCGGCCACCACGGACGCGAGGUUCCUGCACGAUGGCUUUGAGGCUAUUGCAGCGACCGAUGGCGAUCGCGUCGCAAUUGAGUUUGAAAAGACCGAGGUCGUCAGUUAUCGUGCAUUGAACAGCCAUGCCAACCAGCUGGCACGAUACUUGGUCCAGAAAGGAGUAGGCCCAGACACUUUGGUCCCUCUCUGCCUUCCCAAGUCUGUUGAGAUGAUUGCCUCGAUCCUGGCCAUCCUCAAGGCCGGGGGCGGGUUUGUCCCGCUGGAUCCGGAUAAUCCCCCCGAGCGAAACAACUUUAUCGUCAGCGACGUGUCCGCCACGAUGGUUCUUACGGACGAGAACUUGCGCGGAAUCUUCGACGAGGCCGAUCGCGCGGUCGAGGUGGUGGAUGUGUACAAUGUCGACGUCUCUGAGUACUGCGACGGCAACCUGGAGCUUCCAGACCUGCAACCCCAUCACCUGGCAUACGCCAUCUACACCUCCGGCUCUACCGGGUUGCCCAAGGGGGUGCUGGUUCCGCAUCGCUCCAUAGCGGCGGGGAUUGAAAGUAUUUCUCUCGCCGAGAGCUGGCAUCGGGAGUGGCGUGUGCUGCAAUUCUCCAACUACGUCUUCGACGUCUCGGUGGGGGAUAUCUUCUGCACCCUCGGUGCGGGCGCAACCCUCUGCAUGGCUCCCAUGGAGUCCCUCCUCUCCGAUCUGGCCCUGGUCAUCAACUCGAUGAAGGUGAACCGGCUCUUCCUGACUCCCACCGUGGCUAAGCUCCUCCAGCCUGCCGACGUACCGGGCGUGCACGGGAUCUAUCUGGCCGGAGAACCGGUGACUCCUGAUCUCGUCGACAGCUGGGCGCCGCACUGCGUCGUCAUGAACUGUUACGGACCCACGGAGGCCUCGAUUCUCGCAAACGCAGGCUACAUCCCGCCUGGCGGCAACGCCAAGGUGAUCGGCCAUCCGCUUCGGAAUUGUGUCUCGAUGAUUCUCGAGCACGAUAGCCUGAGACUGGCGCCCUACGGUGCCGUCGGCGAGCUUUGUCUCAGUGGGACGCAGCUGGCGCGCGGAUACCUGAACCGGCCCGAGGCGACGAAGAAGGCAUUCGUCCUCCGAGGCUCUGAGCGAGUCUAUCGAACCGGUGAUCUCGCCCGGUGGCUCCCCAACAGCCGCGUUGAAUGCUUCGGGAGGAAAGAUAACCAGGUCAAAAUCCACGGACACCGCAUCGAGCUGGGUGAGAUUGAGGGGGCGAUCUUAAAGACCAAUAAAGUCCAGCAUGCGAUUGCCAGCGUCGUCGAGAUCCAGAAGAGACCGCAGCUGGUGGCCUUUUGUGUGGUCGACCCCGGAAACCCCAAUGGAAUUCUGCCAGCCGAGGACACCUUCGAGACACUCACGACGGUCAGCAUCAGUCUGACCUCGUUGCCUCCGUACAUGGUUCCGACCAUCUGGAUUCCAGUCGGCACCUUGCCCCUGCUUCCCUCGGGGAAGGCAAAUCGGAAGAAGCUUGUGGAAUGGGUGAAUGCCAUGGAUAGCAACGAAUUGCAGCAGUAUAGUAAUAUCGACGCCGAGGCCGAGUUCGUGGACCCGGUCACGCCAGAGGAGAUGGCGCUACAGAGCCUAUGGGCUUUUCUGUUCCACAAGGAGACCAGUGAGAUCAGCAGCACGAGUACCUUCUUCGCCCAUGGUGGCGACUCUAUCACGGCCAUCAAUCUCGUCGGCAAGUGCAAGGCGGCGGGCCAUGUGCUUACCGUCAGUGACGUGCUUGCAUUCCCUCUCUUACAGGAGAUGGCGACUCGCAUGAGGCCCGUGAAGACAGCCGUGCCAAAGGUAGACGAUGUGUCUGUCCCCGUCUCGGAUGAGGUGUACGCGAUACUCUCGACUGCUGGAGUCCAACCAUCCGAUGUCGAAGUCGUCUACCCGCCCCCCCCAGGAGUGGAAGACUUCCUCGUUCGUGGCGCCCAAGCCGAGCAAUUCUGGCAAUGCCAGACCGUCCGACCACUGCCCGAGGUAAUCGACUUCAACCACUGGAUCGAAGUCACCACCCGGCUGACAGCAAGAAACGAAAUCCUGCGAUCCAUGUGGCUGGAGGUAGACGGGCGCUGGCUGCAGGUCGUCCUCGCCAACCCCGUCCUCGACCUGAAGAUCAUUCACUGCACCUCAGAAGCCGACAAGCAGCAACACAUAAAUGCCGCCUGGGACGCCGAAUUUACCCUCGGCACACCCUUCAUCCGGUACCGUCUCCUGAUCCUGCCAGACGGCACCCGCGACCUUCUCCUCAAAAUCCACCACGCCAUGUAUGAUGGCACUCUCCUCCGGAUCUUUGAUGACGAAUUUAAAGCCCUCGCCAAGAACCAGCCGACUCCGGACACUGUCCCCUUCCGCGACUACGUCUCUUAUAUUCAGGCCACGGACAAGUCGAAAAACCUCGAAUUCUGGACAUCCCUGCUAGCCAAUGCUCCCGCCCCGUUCCCCAGUGCCACCCACUCCAUCGCCUCAGCCCUGACGCUCAAAACAACCGACCGUCGUGUCGACUCCUUUGCCGCCUCCGUGGGCGUGACCGUUCCAAUCGUCUUCCAAACCGCCUUCGCGCUGCUCCUCGCCCGCCUCUCCGGUCGAAAGGAUGUCACGUAUGACAAUCUAAUCACUGGCCGCAAUGUCGACAUCUCCGAAGCCCAAACUAUCGCCGGGACUUGCGCCAACUUCCUCCCCUUCCGGAGUACAUUCUCCCCCGACACCCUCAUCCGCGAUCUACUGAAAUCCACCCAGUCCCUAUUCUGGAAGACAACCGAGAACGGCAACGUCAGCCUGACUGAUAUCUACAAUGCCCUGGGCAGGAAGCGAGACGAUGCGGCGUCUCAAGCACUUUUUCUGUUUCAGCCUUUUGAGGCGCCGCCACCUACCACCAAUAUGGUCGACAAGCAUAUGCGGUGGAUGGUGAUGGCGCUGAGUAAGGUUCGGAUGCCAAUUGACUAUGCGGUGCAUUUGGAGGUGUCGAAGACAGCUACAGGUUAUAGUCUGAAAUGGAAGUAUGAUCAACGGAUGUUUGGGGAAGAGCAGUUUGAUGGGGUGACAGCGGCGUAUUUGGAUAUUCUGGAGCAGAUGAUGGAGUAUUCAAGGAGUAAGGUUGUUUCUAUUGUUGGAUAG